UGCAGUUUGAAAAAGCGUUAUAGUGACCGGCUGUUUCACGUUAUAUAUAAACAGUGAUAAAAUCGAAAAUGUCGGCUUUUCAUGGAUUUCCCGAGUUGCCAGGACCUGAUGAAACAGCCUUCUGCAAACUAAAUGAAGUAUAUUGCUGCGGGAACUGCCGAUAUGGAAACAUUUCAACAUUUACCAACGCCACUAAAAAACAUCCAGUGAUAAACGUAACAAGAGAGAUACAUCACCAUCGUGCCACCGACGAAAAUGUAUCCAUGUACGUCGACGUUGAAGACAAUUUACUGAAGAAAAUAACCAGUGUAUGGUACAAACAGGGGUUUCUAGAAGCUUUAAGUGUAGCUGCGGACCCUAGCGUCAAUCGAGAAAGCCCAGUACUCGCUCUGACCGCGUCAUACCUUUUAAAAGUCGCUAACGUGUUCACGGCCUUUCAUUAUUUCAUGCAGCCACAUUUAAAAGAUAUUGGACCUAAAAUCGUGGCAAAUUACUCUAAGACUAGAAACUGGGGGAGUGGCCCUAUAAAAUGCUUAGCUUGGCACCCUCAUACAACUAAAAUAGCGGUAGCAACCACUGAUGAUAAUAUAAGAGUGUAUUGCACGGAGGCUUCGUUUGUGCCGAUGUUGAAAUGUAAAGCUCAAGGACACGUGUCUUCGCUUAGUUGGAGACCAUAUUCGGCUUCGGAGAUAGCUGUGGGGUGUGAGCAGGGAGUAAUUGUGUGGACAGUUGACCCGAAUUCUACAUUUACAAAGCCAUCUUCGAGUAAUGCAGUUGUUUUGAAGCAAAAUAACCACAGUCCAGUGACUGACGUAAGCUGGUCGCCCAAUGGUGACCUCCUCAUCAGCUGCAGCGGAGCUGACACCUCCAUGCUCAUAUGGGACGUGAGCAUGGAAACAGCCGUGCCAUUGAGACGUGUGGCGGGCGGUGGUAUAGUGUUCUCACGGUGGUCAUUUGGCGGGAGCAAAGUGUUUGCCGCCACAUCAUCAAUCAUAUUUAGAGUGUGGGACACUAAACAGUGGACGCCGGAGCGCUGGUGCGCGCGCGGCGGCCGCGUGGUGGCCGCGUGCUGGGGGCCCGGCGACCUCCUGCUGUUCGCUGCCAAGAGCGAACCCAUGGUCUUUGCGCUUAGUAGCACUGGGCUUAUGAAUGGCGCCCAGAAUAUGAAAGCAUUACCAGUAUUAGAUGUGACAAAAACUGAGCUACCAUCAGGUGACCCCGUAGGGGGUCCCAUAUUAGACAUGUGCUGGGACCCCUCGGGCCGAUACCUGGCCCUCAUGUUUGAGGAGUCUGCACUCGUGGCCGUCUUCUGCACUACUAAUAUCAUGAUGCAGCUUAAAAUAACAGCCUGCUGUUUCGUAUGCGGCAUAGAGAACGAAGUGCCGCUGACUAUGGCGUUCCAACAGAACUUCACCGACGGGGCCUGUCUGACAGUGGCCUGGUCUAGUGGCAGAGUUCAACACUUCCCUAUUGUGUAUACUGAUGGUUACUAGAUUUACCAUUCUUACCAUGGCUUAGUGAUUAUGGACUUUAGAACUUCUGGCUUGUCUUUAUAUGAACGAGUUACAUAUAUGGACUAGUGGUCCUGAUUAACAUGCUCAUAAUGUAAGCUGAUGCUCGGAGCUCAGUAGAUCCUAGCUAGAGUGACCUAGUGCGCGAAGUAGAAGAGUAAAGUACUAAAGCUUUAGACAUCAUUUUAGAAGAAUUUCACUGCUGGGGCUUGUCUGAAAAUGGCCUGAUCUAGUGGCAGAUUCAACACUUCCCUAUUUAUAGACAAUAGCUGAUGGCUACUAGUUUGCACUAUACCAAAGUGAUCACGAAUUUUAACAUGUUUGAAAUGGCCACUUCACAUCCACUCCAUCCCUACCUUAAAACCAAGUCCAAUACUGCAACUAUGAUUCACAAGUUCAAAAGGUAAUUAAGUAUAAGUACUUACUAGGGCGGUUUGAUAAGUAACUUGGUUCGACCUGAAAACUAAUGUAUUGAGAAAUAUUGUGUACUUUAUGAAACCAAGCUUUAUAAAAAUGUGAAAGACUCACUCAGUUGAGAUGGCUAUGCCUUCAUUUAAUUCGCGUACUUUUAUUCUUCUGCCAGCUAAAACCAUAUCCUGAAUUUCUAUCGAACCAAGUUACUUCUCAAACCAUCAAUAUACCGUACCAAUGUUAUUUUAGAUUUUGUCUGAGUUUUUCCUUUGUUUUAGAACUACAAAAUUCUAAUAAAAUACACUUUAACGAAGAUUAAAGUGUAUUUAAGUUAAUUUUGGACAGUUGUGUAGUUUUACGGUACUUGUAUUUCUUUUUUUUACUUAAUAUUUAAGUCAAAAUAUA